AUGUUGCUGUUAGCAGACAACCGCCGGAAAGGGAGAGCGCAAUCUGGUUUUUCUCAUUCUGUACGUCUGUAUGUGUCAUAUGUGUAGAAUUUCGACAAGGCGGUGGAGGACGUGCAGAACCUGAACGCAACACCCGCGGCUGCCGAUCUACUAGAGAUCUACGGGCUGUACAAACAAUCUACGGUCGGUGACUGUAAUACGGAGAAGCCGGGCUUUCUCGACUUUAAAGGAAAAUCCAAGUGGGAGGCGUGGAACGGGCGCAAAGGCAUGUCCCAGGACGACGCCAAGCAGGCGUACGUUGCGAAAGUGCAACAAUUGAUCCAGCAGCACGGUCUCAAGUAAGAAGCCAA